AUGGCUCGAAGUUUACAGCUCCCCAGAAACUCUCCUCUGAGUACUUUAAUUCAAAAUGGGGUAUGGAAGUCACAACUUCUCCAAGAUGAAGAUGUUGCUCCAUUCAGAGAUUAUCUACAGUCUGUGAUUAUCAAAAAUUAUGAAGAUAAAAUGCUUUGGGAUAGUCGGAAAUUCUCUUUCAAAUAUGCUUGGAGGUGUGUCAAGUCUGUUGAUGCAGAGGUUCAAUGGCAUAAAUUGUGCUGGGGCAAGUCAAGACCUCAGUGGUCCACUACAGCAGUGUUUGUGUUAUUGGAUAGGCUGCCAUCUAUGUGUAAUUUGCAGAGAAGAAAGGUUUAUCUUGCUCCUAGAUGCUCCCUAUGUCAACAUAGUUGUGAUACCACUGAUCAUCUUUUUGUUGCCUGCCCUUUCUCCCAAGCUUUUUGGGCUUGGAUGGGUGGGGUACUUGGAUGGAAUUUGCACCAGUUCCAGGAGGUUGAAUCUGUUUGGGGUCUUUUUCUUUGGAUGGAUAAUCUCUACAGGAAUUCAAGGACUCUACAAAGUUUGUUUGCAGCCGGGUUAUGGCACAUUUGGAGAGAGAGAAAUAACAGGUUGCAUGGUUCCACAAGUCUCCCACAUGACACAGUGGCUAGGAUUGCCCUCAUGGAAGUUAUUGAAGCUCAGAAUGUUUCUCUUCAGGAUAUUAUUCCAUAG